AUGCACGCUCCCCCCAAGUCCGCCCACCCCAUCGCUACUCCCGACAAGCUGAAGGAGUACGAUGCUGUGCUGUUCGGUAUCCCCACCCGUUACGGUAACUUCCCUGCCCAGUGGAAGGCCUUCUGGGACAAGACUGGCGGUAUCUGGGCCACUGGUGGCUACUGGGGCAAGUACGCCGGUCUCUUCGUCUCCACCGGUACCCUCGGUGGUGGCCAGGAGUCCACUGCCAUCGCCGCCAUGAGCACUCUCGCCCACCACGGUUUCAUCUACGUCCCUCUCGGAUACAAGACCACCUUCGCUCUCCUCUCCAACCUGGACGAGAUCCACGGUGGUAGCGCCUGGGGUGCCGGUACCUUCGCCGUAUGUUCCCCUUUCUCAUUUUACCACUUUGAGAAAAAUCAUUGA